UUUUUCUGAAAGGCGAUUACUCCAGGGCCUGUUCUGAGAUGCCGUAUGGUAUGUCAGGUAUGUCAUGUACUACUACGGGGCAUGUAACUUUGACUCCAGGAACAACGCCAUGACGUCACAUCACCAGCUGCUCUUCCACAAUAUCAAUCAAUCAAUCCCUCCGCACCCCCCCCCCCCCCCGCGCUCUUCUCAAUCCAACUCAAGUUGGUCUAUCCUCAGGGACUUUAAUCACCGCUUUCUCCCACCAAUUGAACUCCAUCUCCCACUCAACCACCCCACUGGUUGUCUUGGCCCGGAAGGCGGGGUGCAAAACAAAGCAGUGAGCUGACAACUCACUGAGGCUAGCUUGAGCCACCAAUGCUCUUCUUACAAGCGAAUUGAUCGUGGACCCUGGCCAAUCCACUUAUCUUCAGGAUAGACAAUUCCCGAGUUUGGCGCUUCAGCUCAU